CGUCCUGGCACGUCUGUCCCCUCUCUCCCCGCCGCUCUCUCGCUCAGAAACGGCGGAACUCUCGGCUCUGUCUUACAGGCCUUUACCCUUACCCCCCGUUCGGCCCCCUAGUCCUGGGACGGGCGCGGGAGGAGGAGGGGCAGGGGGAGGGAACACAGAGUUAGGCCCGAGGAGGAUCAAGACUGUCCCCCGACCGCCUGGAGUCGGGAGAUGGCUCGAACGAGGCGGGUGGGAAGAGAGAUGUGGGGUGUGGAUACCUGAUGAGCGGGAGGGGGUCGUACUUGUCCAGAAUGGGAGUGGGAAUGGGAGUCGGGCGGGAACUGGAAUUGGAACUGGGACUGGGGGGAGUGAGCUCGUGCUCGCUACCGCUGGUUCUGGACCGACUUCUCCUUCUCCUUCUCCUCUUGGCUCUGGUUCUGGUUCUGAACCUGAGUCCGAAUCUGGUUCUGGACCGGCUUCUUCCGGUCUUCAACAGCUAGCGAAUAGGAACCCAAGACCUCGAGCUGUGCAAGGUGUCUCCGACGGGCUGCGCGCGCUUGCGAAAGGCUUGGAAGAGGAAGACGAGGAUACGUAUGGGAGGGAGACGCCUGAUCCGGGUGUGGAGCGGGAGGGGAGCGAAGCUGAGGCUGAGGAGGAGGAUGAGAGUGCGGAGGGUGAGCGGGAGGUGCGUAGGGAGAGCAGGGAGGGGAGGAGAGCGAGUUUGCCCGCCGGGAGGAUGCCCCCGCCUGCCCCGCUCGCUGUGCCCGCUGUGCUCAACGGACAGGGCGGAAAGGGGGCUAGUGCGGGCGGCAGGGGGGAAAUGGGGGAGAGGCGGGGGAGGAGGAUGAGCGUGCCGCUUUUGUCUGCUUUGCAGGAAGAACCUCAGCCUCUAGCAAGCCCUCGAGCCCUGUUACCAAAUUCAGUUCGGCUCGUUCACCCUCAACCGCAACAUCUCCCACGCCCUGCCCCCGCUCACUCCCAAGCACAAGCCCAAGCCCAAGCAGCCCAAGCAGCCCAAGGCGCCCAAGGCUACCCUCUCCCCUGCCCAACCCCAGCACUCGAGCAUCCCUACCCCCACGCCUCGCACGCUCACUCCCUCCACUCCCCCCCCACCGCCUCCACCUCCUCAGGAAACCCCCGUUGCAGCUCGCGCGUCUUCGCCCCUCUUGCAGAAGUCGGCACUCCCGGAAACCCGGCAAUGCCCCUCGUUCCUGCUAGUGCGAGUUUGCACCUUUUGCCUCCGGGACGGUUGAGGGAGAUGGAGUGGCUUGCUGCUGAGGAGAGGAGGAGGGGGGCUGAGCUUGGGGAGGAGAGGAGGGAGAGGGAGAGAGGAGGGAUUGCUGAGCGUGCGGAGCGUGCUGCGGGGAAGGACAGGGGGAGUACCCUUCCUAGUGUUGCUGCUGCUGCUAAGCGGGAGAAAGAGGAACGAGAAAGGGAGCGGGUGGAUGAGCGAGAGAGGGAAGAACGGGAAAAGGAGAGGUAUAGAGCUGAAGUCCGCCGGGCGAGGGAGAGGAGCGAGCGACUACGUCGUGGGCGUAGAGAGGAGGAUAUCCCCAUCGCUGAGGGAGAGGGGUGGGACGUUAAUAACCGCAGGAGGAGGCCGUUGUUGCCGCUGAUUGUCCCUCCUGCUCUUGGUAGGCCGGUACCGCAGAACUCGAACACUCUCCCUUCACCUCCUUCAAACUCGAAUGCGAACGGGGCACCGAACCAGAAUGGGGCACCGACGUCAAACCCGCCUAGACCGGCCCGAGCGCGCACAUCUACCGCCCCGGCAUCCAUCUCUUCCCGCCCUGAGGAGCCGCAGCCCUCCGCCCCUCCCACGCCCGCCUCCCCCACCAAAGCCUCCCAACGCGCGCGCAGUUCCAGCCGCGCAGAGGGGAAAGAACGAGAACGAGAACGUCAGCGGGUGAACUCUACCGGCCGGGAGCGGGAGCGGGUCAAGCUCGACCCUGCAGCCGGAGCACAAGCACAGAGACGGAUGAGCAUGAUCCCCCUUUCUCCUGGUGGACCGUUCUCGCCCCCUCUUGCGGGGUAUAGAUACGCGGCGAGCCCUGUGCCUGCUUCGCCUGUUUCUCCAGUUGGGCACCCUUCCCUCCCUACACUCCCUACACUCCCAACACUCCCGACACUCCCGACACUCCCCUCCGUACCGAUGCCCGUCUCCCCCCUAGCGGCCAGCCAGUCCCUCGCCCAUAUCCAGCUACAGAUGCAGCUCCAAGCCCAGGCCCAACUCGCGGCUAGCCAGUCACUUGCCCAGCUCCAGUUUCAGCAGUUGCAGAUCCAGCAGGCGAUGGCCCUCCAGGCUAUGGGUGGGCAGAGAGCGGGGACGAUGAGGGGUUUGGGCACGGGGAUGGGGGUGGAGGGUGGGACGCAGAGGAAGAGUAGGAGGCAGACGGUGGAUUUGGCUGGGAUGAUGUGAUGCGUCCGACUUUGUGCGACUUUUUGGAAAGUGGCUUUUGGAUCGGAUUGUUGGAUUUGUUGGAGUAUUGGAUGAUGUGCGUGGACGGUGGACGGUGGAUCCCAGCUAGCCACUUGCGGUGGUACGACAACCUGCUAAUUGCUGGAUGCUGGCCGAAAUUGCCAGCUUGGACACGUUUAUUACUUGAUAUGGAAGGUGCGGAAGUCUCCCCGCGGACGAAGGAAAAAAGGCGGUGUUUUGGUCAGACUUCAGACUCUCGGAAAACUCUUCUCGCCGGCAUGGUUCAUCCAUCCAUAUCAUCCCCCAUUCGCGGCUCUUCCAACUCAACGAUUUUCGCCAUUCGGUUCCCUUGAUGACUCGGUUCUGUUUUUUUUUGUUUCUCUUCUUGUCUUCCCUCGGUUCUCGUUUUUAUGGAUAUUUGUUCGGACUGGUCUCAUACCCCUCCUUCCCUUAACCCUGCUCAUCUGGCGGUCACCCC